AUGGCAGAUUCAAGUGUAGUUAGAGGACCAGGAAGAAACAAAAGACCAUGGACUACAGAGGAAGAUGCUAAGCUAAUCGAUGCAUUGAUGGAAGUGCAUGUACCUGGUAAGUAUUCAGGUGUCGAUAACGGAUUCAAGCCCGGGUAUCUUAAAGCUGUGGAACAACUAUUGGAAAAAAGCCUGCCUAACUCAGGCAUUAAAGCUAAAGCUGAACCUCAUAUCAAGUCGAGAAUGAAAACUUUGAAGUCAAAUUUUACCAUUGUGCACGACAUUAUAGUAAGAACUAGUACAAGUGGCUUUGGCUUUAAGUGGGAUUCUGGGAAAGGUUGCAUUGAUGCAGAAGAGCAAGUGUGGGAGGAGUACAUCAAGACUCAUAAAAAUGUUGUCGGUUUUAAAGGCAAGCCAUUACCUUUUUAUGAAAAGCUUUGUACCAUUUUCGGUAAAGAUAGAGCUACCGGUUCUCAUGUUGUUGAUCUUGGAAAAGAAGAUAUUGUAGAAGAGACACCAACAUCAACCAUCGAAGUUGAUACGGACAUUUCACAAUCUGGUGGAGUUGCGGGAAGUGCAAGCAAUAAACGAAAGAGAAGCAAAAGUGACGACUUCAGUGAAAUCUUCAAGGAAUGUUCGAGUGACUUGACAGAAAGAAUCGAGCAUUCCAUUGGUUCGUUGGGUGAAAAAAUUGUUGCGAGUGCUCAUGAAACCAUUGCUGCUGAUGUUCUUGAAGAAGUUAUCACGGAGAUCCAAAGUUUACCGGGCAUUAGUGCACAUCAACGUCUUAAAGGGAUGGACAUCAUUGGUUGUAAUACAAGCAAGGCCCGCAUAUUUCUACGUUCAUCUGAACAAGACAAAGUUCUCUAUAUCCAAAUGCUUGCAAAUGAUGCCUUGGAUUAG